AUGUUAGUUGCAAAUUCAUAUGUUAUUGAAUUAUUACUUGCAAUUGAUGGAUUUAGUCAACUUUUAUAUACAUUACAAGGUGAUAUUCAACAAAUCCCUUAUGAAGAUUCAUUGUGUUUAUUUCGAGGAUAUGCAUUAUAUGUUUUAAGUACUGUACAUAAUUAUUCAUUUUUCCUGCAAGCAUUAUAUCGAUAUCUGAUCGUUGUUCACCCAAAUCGUUUACGGUUUCAAUCAUUUCGAUUUCAAUUCUUUCUCAUUUGUGUAGCAUGGAUCGUAGCAUUUAUAUAUCCUUUAGAAUUUUUUCUCCGUCACGAAGUGAAAUAUGAUAUUAAUAGUCAAGCAUGUCUAUUAAUUCUUCAAGUAACUUUUUCAGUUAUCUAUAUGGCGCUUUGUAGCUAUACAUUUGCUAAUACAUUAACAGUAUUGAUUUAUUUUACAUUAGUUUAUCAUCUUAAACAAAUGCGUAAACAUAUAACACCUGCGAAUAGUUUAGCUCGUGCGCAAAAAGAAUUGAAUAUGAUUCGUCGUAUAAUUAUAUUAGUAUUGAUAUUAUUUACAUUUGGUAUACCAUAUAUGGUCGUGUUCUUAUUCAUAGUUUUUGAUCAUAAAAUUCAACAUGAUUUGCGUAUUGCUUCAAUAUUUAUGGAUUCCUCAAUAGUUAUAACAACAAUCAUUCUAAUUUACUUUACUGAACCACUUAAAACAUCGAUUAUGAAAAGAAUAAAACGACGAACGAAUAUGGUAGUUGCAAGAGUUGCAUAA